CAGCGACACCGAUUUUGUGGGACGCCGGUCGUGGUGACGUGGAAGGGAGUUUGGUGUUGAAUCUCAAACCGGGUCUAUUCAAAUUCGUGAUUUCUUUAAAGCGAGCGCAGUUGCUAACAUUUCUUUUUGAAAAAAUUGUUACGUUGUUUUUUCAAGCUAAAAACAUCACGGUUUAUUUCUUGAAAACACGAAUUCAUUUAUAUAUUCAGCGAAGUUAUGUCUGGGAAGGUGAAGUCUAGGGCCGCGGCCAAUGCCGAUUCGAUGGCUGGGAGCGUCUCCUGCAACGAGCGCAUUCUGCGGGAGUGUCACCAACUCUACACCGAGGCCGAUAGCGGUCUGAUCACCAUCGCCUCUGCUCUGGGCCUCUCUCUCCUCCCCCCUCGUAAGAAGAUCACCGUCAUGCUGAUGGGAAACCACUCUGCUGGGAAGAGCUCCUUCAUCAACUGGUACAUCGAGGAGCACAUCCAGCGCACGGGCGUGGCAAUCGAGACGCAGGGGUUCAGCUUCAUCACCAGUGGUAGGAAGAGGGAGUCGCUUACGGGUAAUGCCACGCUGCACCUGUACCCCCAUUUUAAACCCCUGCAAGAGUUCAAAGGAGUCUCCGAGUACCUCAGCACUGAGAUCUCCACCUCCAAGCAGAAGAAGUUCAGUUUGGUCACUUUCGUGGACACCCCAGGGCUCGUGGAUGGGGACAUGAAGUACCCCUUUGACGUGGACCAGGCCAUUCUGUGGCUCGGGGAGCUGUGUGACCUCGUCCUAGUGUUUUUUGACCCCAUGGGUCAGGCGCUGUGCAAACGCACCCUGAACAUCGUGGAGAACCUGAACCAGGGCAAUGGAGACAAACUGAGAUUCUAUCUGAGCAAAGCAGACGAGGCAGGGAGCGAGAGUGACAGACAGAGGGUGAUGAUGCAGAUUGUUCAGGAGCUGUGCAAGAGGCCCGGGCUGAACAAGUGUGGUUUUGAUAUGCCAACGAUCUACAUACCCAACCCCAACAGACCGAGUCGCUGUGUGAAUCAGAUCGAGGAGGCGUGUCGCACGAUUGAGAGAACGAUAAACCAGACCGUGCAAAACACACUGAAUUCUGUCGAGAAGGACUGCGAGCUCAUAGCAGAGGCUGUGGAGAAGAGACUGAGAGGGGACAGCGAGUCCUGCUCCUAUAACCGGAGAGCUCGCACUCAGGGAUGUCUCUUUGGGAUUUUGGGGUUCCUUCUCCCCCUCUUCCUUCUCGCCUCUUUGAUUCUGGGGAGCCUCUCGCGGGACGUCCUGGUUUUGGCUAUGGGAGAGGACGGGACAGAGACUCUGUCGCUGUACCUGACUCCUCUCGCUAGACUGUGGCAGCUUGUCCCUGAGCAGCAGUGCCUGUAUGUGUGUCUCGGUCUGGGAGCUCUGAGUCUGAUCCUGCUGGUGCUGGCCCGGAUCUCAUUCAGGACCCGGCUCACCCUGUCUGGCAGACAGAAGAAGCAGCUCUUGCAGAGGAGGGAUUACGUACAGGAGGUCGUCAAGCAGAAGAAGCGGCAGUUGUAUGAAGAAUACCUUCGGCAAAGUGUUGGGGACCAGGACAUGGCCUGAGGUGUGGGGGAACUGCAAUAUCUAUCUAUUGUGCAUCUGAGAGAGAGAUUGGGGUACACACAGCACCCUACUUUCUUUCUCUACUACAUUUAAAUAAAGGCGUAAUUCUGUGAGACCGAACAGAACUGGACAACCUGAUUUGACGAAACCAUUCCAUGUGCAGUGUGUUCUGCUUGUUUGGCUUUAUGAAGCAGAAAUAGUUCAUUCUUUAGGGUGAUAAAAAAAAAUGUGGCCAGAGCUGAUUCUCUGUAUUCUAUUAGAUAAAUGACAACUGUCCGUGCAAUACUGCAAACUACAAUAAAUGCAGCCUUGAUUUACAAUAUUAUUAUUGUUACAGUUUAUUACAUAUGAUAUAAAUACGGCUUGGAACUUUCUGACUGAAAAAAAAAAAAAAUCAUCACAAAGCACAAACACCAUCCCCAAAUUGCUGUCAGCCUUGAUGCUAUAACAGAACAAACUGAUUCCACGACAAGACUAAAACCUGUUCCUGUUCCACAUCGAACAAGCUGAAGGUGUCCGAGUCUGUCCGCCCCACGAAAUUCCGCCUUAAUGGGACCAGAAAACUAGCUUGGAUAUGCAAUACAACACAAGAAAUUAACAAGGUGCUAACUAAAAAUACGCACAAACCAUAAAACCGUUAGGGCUGUACCGAUUCACUGUGUAUUGAUGAAUCGCAGUGCUUUCUUUACACAGCAUAGCUCAUUGUAGUUAAGAACUGCAGCUCUCAUCAUGCCUCAUCACUGCUGCAGAUUAGGAGGUAUGCUGGGACCUGUAGUUACAGCAAAGUACCUAUUCACUGUGUAUCAAUGAAUUACAGUUACAAUGCAGGGAGGACAAAUUUCAUAACAGUUUGAUCCAUUCCUGGUUUUAAUGAGUUUAAUAAUAUAUACCUGAGCUUGUUACCUUUACACACUGGCUAAUCAAGCUGGUAGUAAAACCUGGAAUGGGUGAACCUGCUGUGCAAUAGGAGUCGUAUUUUCAUCCCUGGUCUGUGUGUAGUUACACAUUAAAACAUUAGAGGUGGGACCAAACUGCCUGGCUUUUUUUAUUUUAUUUUUUUUUA